UAAUUCAUAAUUCAGUAUCAUCAAUCUAAAGGCAAUUUUACUUGUUUCUAACUGGAAUAAUAUUGUUAUAUCUAUAUUGAUUAAUUUGAACAGGAUGGAUAAGGAUAUCCUGUGGGCCACGACGAUAGUGGACCAAAAAGCUGAGCUGAACCAACAAGAGCAGAAACAUAGGACACGUGCACGGAAGCUGGGAAUUUUGAUUGUGGAUGAAAGUAAAGCUCAAAAACAGAUGAGUGAUGAAACACUCAAUCAGAGUAUUGCAAAUAUUCAGUGUCCUGUGGAUUGUGAAAACUUCUUAAAGGCAGCCAUAAAUGGAAACGUCAAAGUUGUUGAUAAGUUUUUAGAAGUCGGAGGAGACCCAAACACAGCUGAUGAGUUCAGAAAAUCAGCACUUCACAUGGCUGCCUUUGAGGGUCAUGUUAAGAUUGUGGAGAGAUUACUGGAUAAGGGAGCAAACAUUGACUUCCGUGACCGGUUGGCUUGUACGGCUGUGCACUGGGCCUGCCGGGGUGGACGUGUAGCUGCUCUUAAACUCCUGCAGUGCAGAGGCGCUGACUUAAACGUCAAAGACAAACUUUUGAGCACUCCUUUACAUGUGGCUACCAGAACAGGCCAUUGGGAAGUCGUGGAGCAUCUUAUAUCCAGUGGUGUCCAGAUUAAUGCCAAAGACUGGGAGGGUGACACUGCAUUGCAUGAUGCUGUCCGACUGAACCGAUACAAAAUAGCCAAGGUGCUAAUACUGGCUGGAGCAGACAUGACGAUUAAGAAUGCUGAGGGUGUUACAGCGAGGGAGCAGGUGAAGAUGUGGCAGUGUGACACUAAGGAGAUGCUGGAGAAACUGGACCAGAUGAAAUAGUAUUUCAUUUCAUAAAGCACAGUUGAGGGCUCACAUGAAAAGAUUUAUGCUCCCUUUCACUGGAUUAGAAUUAUUGAUUGAAUUUUAUCUGUACAAUACACAUGGGGUUUGUAUAGAAAUUUUUGCAUUGCUGUGUAUUUUAGCUUAGCGUCAUUUUAGCUUAAUUUAAAUGAUCAAUUUGUUUCGUUUCCAACCUACAGCCAUAUAAUACAGAUAUGAAUACAACAGAUUAGAUUUAGAUUGAUAUAAAUCACCUCUAUUACAGCAGCUUACUGAGUAUUUGUUUGAAUAAACUAUCUCAGGAUUUUUAUGUUUUCAUUUAACUGAAUUUGU